GCACCCAAAGUGACAGCCAAUGCCGCCAAACAGGCGCUCAUUCUGGCCUGGUUCCACAAAACAGCUAUCGCCCACAGCAUCAAAGACCUCGAAAAAGCUCUCCCGUCAGUCGCAUCUAUCAAUGGCAUGCAAGUGAAGGACUAUCUACAAUCUCUCUCAGACGACAACAAGAUCCGCGUCGAGAAGAUUGGCAGUGGCAACUGGUACUGGAGUUUCCCGAUCGACGAGAAGAAAGCCAAGGAAACUGCUCUCGAAAAAGCCCAAGAUGAGUACAACAAGGCUUCUGCUACAGUCACGGAACUGCAAGCGAAGGUUGACGAGGCCGGCGCGGCGCGUGAAGAUGAUGAAGACAUGCUACUUGGCACUGGCGGAGACCGGAAGACGCUCAUUACUAAGCGUGCAGACUUGACAAAAGAGCUCGAGAAUCUUCGAAUGGAGCUAGCUGCAUACAGUGAACAAGAUCCUGUGGAGAUGGACAGAAUGAAUGCAGAAACACAGCAAUUCAAGAAUGACGCCGAGAAAUGGACGGAUCAGAUCCUCAGUAUGGAGGGUUGGUUGAAAGGGCAGACAGGUGGUGACAAGGAGCAGAUGUCCAGCAUCAUGAGGACGUACUAUGGGGAUGAGUUUGAUGAGGAAGAGGGUGGUUUACGUGAGUUGUGA